AUGUGGGCGCCGCAAUCGGACAAUUUUAAAUGCAACAAAUUUUUUUGGAAUUUAUUCGGCAUAUGGCCUGGAAAAUUCCUACACAAAUACUACAAAUACUUUUCAUUUUUUUAUAUUUCUAUAAAUGUAGUUAUUUAUAAUAUUUUACUCACAAUAAACUUGUUCUAUACACCUAAAAAAAUUGAGAUGUUCAUCCAAGAAGUGAUAUUUUAUUUUACUGAAAUUGGUGUAACCGUGAAAGUUCUGAUGAUUCUUAUAAAUAGAAAGAAAAUAGUAUCCAUUUUUGAUCUCAUGGAUUGCGAUGAGUUUAACGGCGAAGAUCCCGAUUCUAUGUGUAUUGUAAAGAAUUACAAUUACAUUUACAAAAUUGGUUGGAAAACAUAUGCGAGUAUAUGCAACCUCGCAUACAUCUCAGUUAUAUUUAUACCAAUAUUAGUGAGCUUUAUUUGGAAUGCAAAAUUAGAACUACCAGUAUGCAAAUAUUAUUUUCUUGCCGACGAUAUGAAAAAUGAGUAUUUUAUAUACUUGUUUAUCUAUCAAUCUUUUGGAAUGUACGGCCAUAUGAUGUACAAUAUCAAUGUGGAUACAUUUAUUGCUGGUUUAAUAUUAAUAGCAGUUAGUCAAAUUAAAGUACUACAAUAUAAGCUGACAAACUUAAAAAGGAAUCCCAAAUUAAAUUGCAAAGGACAGGAACAGUUACAAAUAUUAGAACUUAACAAGUAUUUACGACAUUAUGAUAUUAUUUUAAGAUAUUGUUCAGGCGUUCAAGAUAUAUUGGAUGUUGUAGUUUUCGUACAAUUUGGAAUGGCAUCAGUUAUCAUAUGUGUGACAAUGUACGGGCUUCUAUUGCUAUCUACAAAGGAGAGUUUGGCAUUUAUGGUUACUUAUUUCUCGACAAUGUUAAGUCAAAUUUUUAUUCCUAGUUUUUUGGGAACGCUACUCUCUUAUGAGAGUGAAAAUUUAGUAUUCGCUGCAUAUAGUAGUGAAUGGACAUCAGGCUCUGAGAAAUUUAAGAGAAGUUUAAAACUUUUCAUGGAACGUGCCAAAUCUCCUAUUGUGUUAACGGGCCUAAAACUGUUCCCUCUAUCUCUAGGCACAUUUACUUCGGUUAUGAAAACAGCAUAUUCCUUCUUAACCCUUGUGAGAAAUGUUCAAGAUCGGCAAGAUGAAAAUAUCUGA